CACGACAAUUUAUUGAUUUUAAUCUAAGGUUUAAAAUACGUAGUUUAAGUUUGCCACUUGUUAGUUCACCGUGUUGUUGGAUGUUACGUAAUUGAAACGUUAUCUUAUAUAUAAUCAUUCAGUUCUUAAAUAUAAAACAAUUAAAGCUUAAAUAAUACAGUCAAUUUGUUAUUAUUAACAAUGAAGAGUAAUCAAUUUAGAUUUUGUUUAUAUUGCUUAGUAUCAUGUUUGUCGUGUGCCAUCACAGUCAGUGAAAAUAACAAUAAAAAUCUCAAAUUUGCAAGAGAAAGUGAUCUUGAUGGUUUUACGUGUCCAGAAGAGAAUACAUUAUAUCAAAAAGACAAGUUGAGUACAUCACAAUGUUUGGCAAGAUGUGCUGAUUCUGCAGAAUGUUUCGGUGUUUUCCUUUUACGGGAAAAUUCCCAAUGUGUUGGAUGCAACGACAAGUUCCUAUCCAGUGACAAUGCUCCAGCACGCCUCGGCACAACUUUCUACAGACGUCGAUCUUACCUGAUUGUUGAAGAAGCAAAGACAUGGGCUGAUGCAAAGAUGCAUUGCUCGGAGCUUGGAGGCCAUUUGCUUGAUAUAAAGUCAUUGGAAGAAAAUACAUUCAUAGGCAGUCUCAUAACGUCACGAUAUUUGGAUUCAUGGCUUGGAGCUACAGAUAUUGAUGAAGAGGGUUUAUUUGUUUGGGAGGAGGGAAGCGAAGUUGCCAAAUAUUUUGAAAACUGGGCAGACGGAGAGCCGAACAAUUCACGUAACAAAGAACAUUGUGUAUUUAUAUCACGUAACAGUCACACAUGGAAUGAUAGUCCUUGUUAUCUACAACGGAGUAGUGUUUGUGAAUUUGACUGAAUGAAACGUUUUUAUUUCGGGCGAUAUUGUCUAUCUGUUGACACCUUAUAAAGCUGGCGUGUUUAUGUUUUUUCAUUAAACACACCAUUUCCUUGUUGAUCUUGUUUGCCAUAUUUCAUAUAAUUUAAAAAGAUCCGUCUCUGUCUUUAGUGGUUGAAAUUGUAUUUGGACUAAUGAGAUUGUUCCCUUUUUCAAAUCAUUACGUAUAUUUAAUCUUUUUAAUCGGUACACGCAUGUUGUUGGAUGCUGACCCGUAAAAUCAUCGUAUUUUAUUCAUUAAAAACAUUAUUUAAACAACUGAGUAGGAUAAUUUCAGUAUAAAUAACACGUCUUGCGACUAAGUCGUGCGGGUCUGCAUAUUAAGUAUAGGUUAAGAGGAGCUGUUCGACCAAUUUUAUUUGGAAGACGCUUGCAAAUGAACACCAACCAAUUUAGCCCUUUCGCUGCCAGAGGGUUAUUGAUUUAUUGAUCACCUAUUUGCCAGAGGGUUUUCAAAGAAAUUACUAUAUUAUAAUAUUAAAAUAAUUAAUAUUAUGUGUUAUUAGUAUUAUAAUAAUUAUAUAUAUUUCCAAAUCUGCUAGUAUAAUAAUAAUUAUUGUCGAUGGUAUAAUUAUCUAUAUAUUUAUAUUUAUUAUUAUUAUUAUUAUUAUUAUUAUUAUUAUUAUUAUUAUUAUUAUUAUUAUUAUAGAAACGGCAAAAGCCGUCCAUAUGGCAAUUACGCCGAAAAUAAUAGGGACGGCAUACGGCGUCUUUAUGGCAGUGAAAGGGUUAAUGUUUUUAAUUAUUUUUAUAAACAGUCAAUUUUCUUUCAACCGACCGAUUCACCAUAGUACAUUUAUAACGAGUCAUUUGAAAUACUAUACUGUUGGAAAAAGGCGUAAUUUGAAACAAACAAACAAACAUUUAAAAUACUGAAAUCGUGUUGGACAAAUAACAUAUUCAAACACUAAAUUCCAUUUAUGCUAACUAGCGAAGUGUUAUCUAUAUUAUGAAAAACAUUUAGUAUUAAAAUAAUUUUUGUCAAAUGAGUUGGCAACAUUUUUCAAAUUUUGAAAGAAUUUAUUUUAGUAAAUCAGGUAGAUAGAAUGAAAUGAUUUACCGACCUUAUUCCGCAGGUGUGCCUUGGAGGCGGAGCUACAGGGAUUACAUUCAAACGAUACACAAGAUAACAGCUGUUAGUUUAGACGCUCGUCUAAUAAUACCGUGUUGAAAUUUAAUUUACAUACAAUACUGUUAUAUUGUCGCAUUAAGGACUUAAGGAGGAAAAAACAAUUUAUACUGUGUUAGAAUGUCUUAUAUUUAAUCAGGAACUUAGUUUCAAUCCCUUCUUUAUAGAUAUUACCAAAACCCUUUAAAACCCUUUUAAGAUAUUUCUUUGUUUUUACGAAAUCUUAUUUCGUAUUUUCGAAUUAAUAUUUCGCAAUUACGACAAAAUAUUUCGUUUUUACCAAAUAACACGAAAUAAUAUUUCGUUUUUACAAAAUAGUAUUUUGUAAUUACGAAAUAAUAUUUCGUAAAAACGAAUACAUAUUUCAUAAUAACCAAAUAAUAUUUCGCAGCAACGAAAUAAUAUUUCGAAAAAACGAAUUAAUAUUUCGUAAAAACGAAUUACGUCCCGGGGGAAAAGUGUGGAAAAAUGUCUGCUUAGGGGCUCCGUAAUCAUGCAAUACAUAUGUGUAAAUAUUUUUUUCUGCUACAUACGAACAUGUUUGAAGGGCAUUUGAUUUGCCGGGAAAAUGUUUAUAGAUAUGGAAAAAAAUUAUCUCUUAAAGGCAUGUGACUCUCAAUAAUUUACAGUCGUUUACUCAUUUGCUAGAACAAUUAUCAGUUUGUAAUUUUUUAUGAAUUUAAUGUAAAUUGAACUGUGAUCUAUGUAUAAUCAAAUGAUAAGAACACAUACUUUUGUUAAAUUUUUAUGUAAUAUUAUAAUUAUGUAUACAUUGUACACAUUCAAAUAGCUUUUACUAACAUUGUACUUGUACCUAACCAUAUUCAUUUAUGUAAGCAUAAAUUGUGUGUAAUAAAAGAAUACUUUUGCUACUGCUUUAGUGAAAUUGUGGACAUUCUAUUUAUACCUAGUGGAUUUAAUAAUGCAUUUCAGAAAAUGUCUUUUUUAUCAUAUGAUGAAAUUUGGGUUUCCAAUACUAACAUAUCUAAUUGUAAAUACCAAAUAGUUCAAUUUGUAGUUAUGUAUAAUUCAUUACUUCCUAACAUUGGUGAGAUUAUUAAUUAGUACUCGGAUUUAUUGUAGUUAUCCAAACACAAAACCAUGCGUUAUGUUUAUGACACUUUCAAACCUAUUGUUGCCUAUAAAUGGACUUUGAAUACAUAAUUCUUAUCUAACAAGUGUAUAAAGACAAGUAAAGUGUAUUGUUAUUAUUAAGCUCAUCUUUACUACUUACAUUUAAAUACUGAUUGUAAAUCUUAUGAUGUUAUACAAGGGUUGUUCAAAAAGUAAUAGGACUGCAGUUCUACUGUUCACAUUUUACGAUUAACAUGCACAAUUUUACAAGAGAAAACUAUCGGAACAAAUCCUCUAUAUACAGUGAAAACAAUCAAUAAAAUAUGUCAACAAAAUAACGAGUCUGUGAAAAUUUCAAAUGACAAGGGGUAUGCGAUCCGGCGCACGCUAACGGUACAAAUUAAUAUAUGACGUGUGUUACGUCGUAAAUUCCAAAACAAAAUGUAACAAAGCGUCCUUCCUUCUGAAAGUAUUCUCCCUAUUGCUCAAGUCGUCCGAAUCAUGUAACUAUGACCAGACCUCGUUUAUGUAGAUGAUUCGGGAAGAAAGCGAUCACAUUUUCGUUUUAAUCUUCGAAAAGUUUAUUUUUUAUAAUCUGGGAUUCAACAGGCAUGAACUUAUUAUUUAAAUGAAAAGGCGAGUUAUAGUAUUAAUUUAUACAUGUAAGUUCUUAAAACAAUAUGAUUAUGUAAAAUAAGUAUGAUUAAGGAAAAAAUAACAUUUAUCAAUCUAAAAGUAUCUUUUUUCUACUAAGAACCGGCUGUCAUUUAUCAAAAGUAAAUCGGAGAAAAUAAUAUUGAGUCAGAUUAUUUCUAAAACCAUUUGAUCUAUCUUUAAUUCUUUCAAGUUAUUUCUCUCUAAAUCUCUUCUGUUUACAGUAAAACAUUUCAGAAUCACUUUUAUCCAUUACUUUUGAAGUGUUAAAUUGGUCCUCUUCAGUUUUGGUCAUUUCAAGAUUAUUGAUUAAAUGUUACGCUUUAAAUCAUGUUUUUUCUUAUUUAUUGAUAAUACUCCCUUAAGUAACUGAUUAAAUAGAAACUAUCCCUAUUUUCCUAUUCUUGCAGGAGUUCAUUUUAAGACAGCCUAUAUAAGGGAGAUUUUUUACCAUUCUCAUUGCUUGUGUUCACGGACAAUUAGGUAAUUUUUACCUGUUAAAGGGCUAAGCCACCUACACCUCUCUCUUAAAAAUAUCUUCUUUUUUUUCAUCUUUUUCGUUAAAAGCUUUGUUGACGUUUUUUGACUCUAAAUAUUUCAUAUUAUAGAAUUAUAUUUCAUUUGGUAUUGUUAUGAAUCAGUAAUUUCUUAGUUAAACUCAUGUCAAA